AUGACUGGAAGGCGUGCGUGCAUCGACUGCAGCUUCUUCCUAUUCUGCAACACCAUCCUCUGCUUCACCCUAGUCUUCUUUGUAGUGUGGUCCAUUUUCCUUCCUGAAGAGCCCAAGUUCAGUAUUACUAAUGCCUCUAUAACCCAAUUCGACUUCGCCAAAACCAACAAAACUCUCCACUACAACCUUGAGCUCAACAUUACCAUUAGAAACCAAAACAACAAGGUGGACAUAUACUACAAUGACAUCCAAGUCAUUGCUAACUAUGGAAAAAAGAGGUUUGCCAUGCGUACUUUGGAUUCCACACCCUUUCACCAAGGCCACAAGAACACAACCAUUUUGAAUCAUGUGGUACUUGAAGGUCAGCAAUUGGUACAGUUUGGUGACACAGAGCUUUCCCAAUUGAAGGCAGAGACCGAUACUGGUUUUUACAGUAUUGAUGUGCUGCUUGCUCUUCGAGUAAAGGUUGGGUAUGACAUCUUCAAGACAAGGUAUUACCAGCAGUCAGGCAGCAAGAUCAACUGCAAGCUGAAGGUCCCUUCGAAUUUUAAUGAAAAGUUUUCUGGACGUUUCAAAACUACCAAGUGCGGAAAUGUAUAUAUCAUGUCAGAUCCUGUUGUCUAA